GACCGCUCGUCGUCCUCUUCGUGUCUUUCCGUCCACAGUCUCUCUUUAGCACACACACAGGACGGUUAGCGACCGAUACGGUACGAUGUUCCGAGCCGUGUUCCGACUGUCAGCCGCCGGGGCUCGGAGUCUGGCUCGGUCACGACCCUGCUCCUCAGCUCCAUUGGCCUCCAGAUGUUACUCCCACGGUAAGGUGGAGACAGAAGAGGAGUUUGACGCCCGUUGGGUUACUUACUUCAGCAAGCCUGACAUAGAUGCCUGGGAACUACGGAAAGGCAUGAACACCCUGAUGUGUUAUGAUCUGGUACCUGAGCCCAAAAUCCUGGAUUCUGCACUGAGGGCUUGCAGAAGACUGAAUGAUCUGGCCAGUGCCGUCCGCAUCCUUGAGGCUGUUAAGGACAAAGCAGGCCCCCACAAAGACAUCUAUCCCUACUUGAUCCAAGAACUGAAGCCCACCCUUGCAGAACUCGGCAUCUCAACACCAGAAGAUCUGGGCAUUGACAAGUUAUAGACUGUCAAGGUCAUUUGAUACAUAGAGAGAUGAAGUCUUCUGUUUCUUCUGUCUCCUGUCAGAUAUGUCUAUAUUGUUGAUUAAAUCCAUGUCCUGUUGUGUACAAAAUGGUGGACCUAAUAAAGAAAACCAAUGAAUGGACUAAA